UCCUGACCGGGGACAAGGCUGCUCAUGGGCUAUGGCGCAUUUCAUUGGAUUCCUCGUGCAGGGGACGGUUCCUUCCCCACGCCUGCACGACCAUCUCGUCCCUUGCCGGUGACGCACGGCCAUCAUCGCGUGCAGCCGAGCUGACAGACCGGACGAUCGCCAUGAAGAUGGUUUGUUUCUCCCUCUUAUUAGUAUCGGUAUAUACACCACAUAAGCCCCCAGCGUUAUCCCUACACAUUCAUCCACCCGAGCAGAUCCACUUCCUUUUCUUUCUUUUCUCUCCUUCUCUUCCUCCACCAAGACCGCGUUUGUACAAGUGAGAAGGAGGAACGUUCGGAGCAUUGCGUCCGCUCAUGAAGACCCACCGAUCUCACGCCUCGUGAAACCCCCACACCACCGGCGCCACGCAUCAUCAUCAUUAUCAUCAUCGUCAUCAUUAUCAUCAUCGUCAUCAUUAUCAUCAUCAUCCCGCCAUGAAGACCAGAUUCCGCGGAGGGAUCGUCUGGAGGGGAUUCCCCGACUCCCGCCCCGAGCAGCCGAACGACCCCGAGCCCGCCCCCAUCCCGAUCAAACUCGUCGCCGACCCGCCGCCGCCUCCGUCGGAGGCCAGCCCCGAGAAGACCAACCGGACCGAUGACUUCUACUUAGGUGAGAGACAACAAACGUGAAAAAUGUGCAACACGAUUUCGACUGCCGGGUCACCCACCCUCAUGAAUCAACCACGGUGGCCGUCCAAGAAAGGGGACCAUUCACUAACUCUCCCUCUCCUUUUUAUUUCCUCUCCAGCCUGGGACAAAUUCCUCGCUAAGCAGCCCAAACGCGCGACCAAGGCGUCCAAGGCGGCCAAGAAGAUCGUCGAAGUCAAAGCCGCCGUCGCCGAAUCCUCAGGUGAUGGCCUCGAGAGCG